CUCUGGAAAUCCGACAGCUCCAUUCUGAAGUGUUGCAAUAAGUAAAAGUGAUUUUGUCCCGAAGUCGCUUGUCUCUCCUCCCCUCCAGAAAAGGAUGGAACAGCAAAGUGGAGGCCGUGCGUGUGUCGGUGGGCGCUGGCAGAGUAAGCACAUUUGGCAUUUUUAAAGCAAUAGCUUGACAAAUAAACAGGGGGUCCACUUCUUAAGUUUGGCGAGAGUCCGCCCAGGUAGUUGAAACCGCUAUUAUCAGGAGGAAUCUCUUCUUCCUUUUGUCACCACUGACAUUCCUCCUACCGCUAGCUGCUCAACGGGAGGGUCCCAAAGAUUAUAUCUGCCCAGACCAGAUCCCCUUUCCUCACUCACCGCCGCCUCCUACCCCUACGCCCAGCAAACCCUGUCAUCCCGCCCUUUCUCCACCUCCAGCACUGACAAUGGGUACAAACAGGUCCUCGCACAACCUAAUAGAGAGGAGCUUCAUUGGUUAGAUCCAAAUCCCGGCGGAAGAGAGGAGGACCAGGAGGGAGAAGAGGAAGCCCAGCUCCGCUGUGGGCGGAGAUACAUUGGAUUGAGGGCUUGCAGACCUGGAGAGGGGCGAAGGACCUAGGUCCCCGUCCCCAGAGUUACAGGUUGGAACAAACUUGCCUGGCUUUGCGUCGCUGACGCGUCCAAGUUAACCCCUGUACCUUGAUGUGCCGGCACCAGAGGGCGAGGAGCGGUAUACAUAGCUCUACAUACACAUUGAACGCUGAGCGAGGAAAGGAGGGGGCGAGGAAAGGCAGGUUCCGCCUCCCCUGGCCCGCGUGCACACACACGCCCACCGCGGCUCGGGCUGGCGGAGCGCGGGCGAGUGUGAGCGCGGGCGAGUGUGAGCGCGAGUGUGCGCACGCCGCAGGAGCCACUCUGCCCUCUCCUCGCACCCUGCUCAGGGCAUCUUGAGAGCCUGGAAACGUGAACAGGCUUAAAGUAUGGCAUGUUGCAAAGAUGGUUUCUGCCAAGAAGGUACCCGCGAUUGCGCUGUGCUCCGGGUUCAGUUUCGCCCUCCUGCACUUCCUGUGCCAGGCUGUUUGUUUAAACGAAUCCCCAGGACAGAACCAAAAGGAGGAGAAAUUGUGCCCGGAAAAUUUUACCCGCAUCCUGGACAGUUUGCUCGAUGGUUAUGACAACAGGCUGCGUCCUGGAUUUGGGGGUCCUGUUACGGAAGUGAAAACUGACAUAUAUGUCACCAGCUUUGGACCUGUAUCUGAUGUUGAAAUGGAAUACACAAUGGAUGUGUUCUUCAGGCAGACGUGGAUUGACAAAAGGCUAAAGUAUGAUGGCCCCAUUGAAAUUCUGAGGUUGAACAAUAUGAUGGUAACAAAAGUAUGGACCCCUGAUACUUUCUUCAGGAAUGGAAAGAAAUCUGUCGCACAUAAUAUGACAGCUCCAAAUAAGCUUUUUAGAAUUAUGAGAAAUGGCACUAUUUUAUAUACAAUGAGACUCACCAUAAGUGCGGAGUGCCCCAUGAGAUUGGUGGAUUUUCCCAUGGAUGGUCAUGCUUGCCCUCUAAAAUUCGGGAGUUAUGCAUAUCCGAAGAGUGAGAUGAUUUACACAUGGACAAAAGGUCCAGAGAAAUCAGUGGAAGUGCCAAAGGAGUCUUCCAGCUUAGUUCAGUAUGAUCUGAUUGGGCAAACUGUAUCAAGUGAGACUAUCAAAUCCAUUACAGGUGAAUACAUUGUCAUGACAGUUUAUUUCCACCUAAGACGGAAGAUGGGAUAUUUUAUGAUUCAGACUUAUAUUCCAUGCAUUAUGACAGUGAUUCUUUCUCAAGUUUCUUUCUGGAUAAAUAAGGAAUCAGUUCCAGCGAGGACUGUAUUUGGAAUAACCACAGUCCUCACUAUGACCACACUAAGCAUCAGUGCAAGGCAUUCUUUGCCCAAAGUGUCCUACGCUACUGCCAUGGAUUGGUUCAUAGCUGUCUGCUUUGCUUUUGUAUUUUCGGCCCUUAUUGAGUUUGCUGCUGUCAAUUAUUUCACCAAUAUUCAAAUGCAAAAAGCCAAAAAGAAGACAUCCAAACCUCUUGCAGAAAUUCCACCUGCUCCAGUACCGAAAGAAAAGCAUCCUGAAGUACCUCUGCAGAAUACAAAUGCCAGUUUGAACAUGAGGAAAAGAACAAAUGCCUUGGUCCACUCGGAAUCUGAUGUUGGCAACAGAACUGAGGUGGGAAAUCAUCCUAGCAAAUCUUCUCCAGUUGUUCAAGAAUCCUCUGAAGCCACAUCUAAGUCAUACUUAGCUUCUAGUCCAAACCCUUUCAGCCGGGCAAAUGCAGCCGAAACGAUAUCUGCUGCAAGAGCACUUCCAUCUGCUCCUUCUCCUACUCCUAGUCGCACUGGGUGUGUGUUGAGACAAACAUCAGUUGGAUCUGCUUCUGCUCGUCGUGUGUUUGGCUCAAGACUGGAGCGAAUUAAGACCACAGUUAACACCCCAGGGGCUUCUGGGAAGUCAUCAGCCUCUGCUCCUCCUCCUGCUCCUCCACCUGCUGGAUCUGGCACAAGUAAAAUAGACAAAUAUGCCCGUAUUCUCUUUCCAGUCACAUUUGGGGCAUUUAACAUGGUCUAUUGGGUUGUUUACUUAUCUAAGGACACUAUGGAGAAAUCAGAAAGUCUAAUGUAAUUUUGUUGCUAUAGUAGUUUCCUAAAAGAUGAUGAAAAUGCAGACUAUCUUUUUCAAUGUUUUUAAAUAUAAUUAUUCUUUACUAAAAUAAAAAUUCUAUGUAAUUUUUCCACUUUAAAAAAAAUAUAAGCCGGUUAUUGGGAGAGUUAAUUGAUUCCUCAGUGAAGAGAAAGUGAACCAUUUUUCUUUUCAGAAAGAGGGUUUAAAAAGGAUCUAUUCAGCAUUCAAAUUAGAUGGAAUACAGACCUUUCUGGAAAGUUGAAACAAAAGUAAUAGGGCUAUUAAAGAUAUGUGGUGCACAUUUUUUUGCAUUGAAAUUUGAAAACAGACCAUGACACUUUUAAUACCCAAUGAAUAUCAACCAGCCACCCUAAAUUUCCCAGUGGCACUGCCCUUAACCAGAAUCAUUUAUUUGAUGUCAUAUGCAGUGACCUUUGGAGAUUCUCUUAGAACCCGCAAGAAAAGGAUUUUCCCUAUUAAACAAAACAUCGGUGAAAGGAAAACGGAAGAAAACAAACACUGAUCAAUAGAGUGAAAAUUCUGCAGUGUCAAAAACAAAGACAUAGACCAGGGGAAGUGUGUUUCCUUUCAUAAGUUGGCCAAACAGUACUUAAAGGUUGACUUGAAAUGUUGUGCUCUGAGCCAAAGUUUAACUCCUUGUAUGAAUUCUUUUUCACAGUAGCUCAUUCAGGUGUGUACUGUAUUUACUCCCUGCAUACUUAUUCAGAGCCUAAAGCCUCUUGUGUUCCAGGCACUCUCCUAGACACUGUGUCCUAGGAAAGCUCUGUCACAGUUACCUACAAUAUUAUUAAAAUAGUAGAACAGUCAAUGCAUGCUGAAGAACUAUAGCCUAGCAGAGGACUUUGCAUUCUUUAAUGAAGGAAAUAUAGUUAGAGUCAACAUCAUAUCCACAAUAUUGUUUCUCCUCCAUUGAUAGAGGAUAACAGGUAUAUUUGUUCACUUAGCUACUUUGAGAUAAGUCAAUGUUAGUACGAUUUCAGCAAUUUGGUUUUCAAAAUACAAUGAAAAUUUGGUACAGAUUGUUCUGUAAGUGACAAAAGCACCAUGUAUCUGGAAAAUAAAAAUCUGGGCCUGUAAGAUCUGAUAGAUUAUGUGUCUCAAAUUUGAUAAGGAUCACUGAAUUUGAUCAGAAUCACAAAAUAUUCAGAAAUAAGAACUUUUUAGAUGUGUUUCCCAACAUGGAUCUAUCUUAGCUGCUGAAAUGCCAACCUUCGGACAUUUUUUUGUGUCCAUAGUUCUGUACUUUCAGGUAGAUUUUGUGUUUGUUUUCUGAGAGUUUUGGUAAGGUUUAAUAACUAAGGUGAGUAUUUUACAAUGAAAGCAGCAAAGGAAAGAAAUGAAGAAAAAAUUCAUAGCCACUGAGUCUGUUAUGUAAUUCAACAGGAUUUUCACGUACUGACUUUUCUUUUAUUACAAAGCUUAACAACUUAAUUGAAUUUCUUGCACUGUCUUAUGCAGCUCAAUUUAGGACUAUUGGGUUGAUUUGGUUGUUGUGUUACUUCCAGAUUUUUCUUCUAUAUCUCUUUCUACCUGCUCUAGGUGUGUGUGAAUGAAAGUGUUCUUAGUGUUUGGGGGAACAUUUUGAUAGAAUGGCCACCUUGCAGAUAAGAGCUCUUAUUUUUUUAGAAAAGAAACUAUAUAAAUUAAUUGGCAUCAACUUUUUAGUUAUUGUAUUGUCUUGUAAUAGUUGUAUAUGAACCCUGUAAAAUGUCACAAAUAUUAAUUGUAAAUCAUAUUUGAGAAUCCUUCUUAGGCAAGAAUCUAUCUCUAGGUAUUUCAUAGAAUCAGUACAUUUUAAGGCUGAAAGAUGCUUUAGAAAUCAUCCAGUCCAAAUCCCUCAUUCACAAAUUGAUUUUAGUAAAAUAAGGCCCAGUAAAAUCUGUAUAUAUGUAUAUAUUUAAUAAAGAGUACUUGUACCAAAAAGCUUAUAAACUAUUUUAUGAAUGUGAAAAGAUUACUGGCCUUGAGGUCAGUGCUUGGAAUUGUGGUUUGAAACUCUGAUCAUUUAGUAUUCAGACAAAAUGACUUUAUUUCUUUGGUAAGGAAAACUUACUCUGCUUUUCUAUUCAUGUAUUCUUAAGAAAUAUUUUACUGACUUCCUUUUUUAAAAAAGAAAAUUCCUCUUUAAAUUUUGUAGGUUUUAAGGGGAUAAAAAGUAAAUGACUUUAAAUUUAUAGAUCAUAGAUCCAGGUGAACUUACUGGGGUUUUGGGUUUUGUUUGUUUGUUUGUUUGUUUGUUUUUGGUUUUGUUUUUUGACUCUGGUAUACGAAGAUUUAAAAAUAAAUUGGUGGCCAAACCCUGAAAGGACAAACUUAGCAGAGGAUUCUUAAUUGUUUAUUCAAAUAAAUUCACCAGAAAGCCUACUCAUUAGUACAGAAAGGAAUUAUUUCACUUUCAUGCAGUGUUAAUAAGAAUGUGUGUUUUAUUUUCUCAAACUAAAGUCCAUCAAAUUCAUUCAAUGAUUUUCACUUUUGUCAUCAUUUCUGUCUGCUUAAUAACUCAGAGGUACAUUCAGUAAAACACUCCUAUGACGAGCCAAUGACUCUUCACCCAUUAGAAAAUCUCAUGAGAAUACUUAGGGGAUCCCAAACUCCUUGUAAUUUGUUAAAAAAAAAAAAAAAA